AGGUGUGGCCGACGUGGGCGGGACGCAGCUCUGUGGAAUGGGUCCUCGCGGAGCUCUUCCGGUGUUGUCGGUAGAGGGCGCUGGCCGAGGAGCCACCGGCGGAGUCGCAAGGUCUGACCACACGGCGAGUCCCAGUCGCUACAGCCGCCGCCAUGAAGGCCGUGGUGCAGCGCGUCACCCGGGCUAGCGUCACAGUUGGAGGAGAGCAGAUAAGCGCCAUCGGACGGGGCAUCUGUGUCUUGCUGGGCAUUUCCAUGGAAGACUCGCAGAAGGAACUGGAGCACAUGGUUCGAAAGAUUUUAAAUCUGCGUGUGUUUGAGGAUGAGAGUGGGAAGCACUGGUCCAAGAGCGUGAUGGAUAAGGAGUACGAGGUGCUGUGUGUCAGCCAGUUCACCCUCCAGUGUGUCCUCAAGGGGAACAAGCCCGACUUCCACCUGGCCAUGCCCACAGAGCAGGCAGAGAGCUUCUACAACAGCUUCCUGGAGCAGCUUCGCAAGAGCUACAGACCAGAGCUUAUCAGAGAUGGCAAGUUUGGUGCCUACAUGCAAGUGCACAUUCAGAACGAUGGGCCUGUGACUAUAGAACUGGAGUCCCCUGCUCCUGGAGCUGCUAGCUCUGAUCCAAAGCAGCUGUCAAAGCUGGAGAAACAGCAGCAGAGAAAAGAAAAGACCAGAGCCAAGGGCCCUUCUGAGUCAAGCAAAGAACGAAAUGCACCCCGAAAAGAAGAUCGCAGCGCCAGCAGUGGGGCAGAGGGUGAUGUGUCUUCAGAGCGGGAGCCAUAGAUGCAGAAGCACGAGCUCAGCAAAUUACCAUUGGGCAGAACCGGAUCCUGAAAAAUUCAAGAUGCUAAAGCCCCUACACUGCUUUAAGAAUUCGGGACUCAAAUAUGAAAAGAAAAUCAGAAAUAAGACCCUGGGAACCUGAAAAUCCCUGCAGAAAAACACCAAAGGACCAUUCCAUUUUGUGUAUUGUUGUGGUCUGAUGGGUCGUGGGUGCUGAGGGAUCGUGGAGUGCUUGUGGGUUCACACCCAUGCUCUCCCCAUGGAGAGAGGGCCAUUGGUUUCCUUGCUUUCUACCAUGUCUUGGCUUGCUUUUGGAACAGGCUGGUCCAGCAUCAUCUGUCCUCAUCUGUGGUGUAUUGUGUGUCCAUGAUCUGUCUCCAGCACGUCCCGGCUGUCCAUCAUCUCCAUCACUGAGUCACAAGACAGGGCUGGUGUUAAGCAACCGACAAUAACAUAUUGUAUGAGACUUUGCAUCUUGUACAUUUUCUCUUCUUUUCUAAAAAUAAAUAAUAAUAAAACCAUAAAUCU